AAUGAACAGAUCAAAUGAUUGAGCUUUUAAAUUCACUUGAAUUUUUAAUUGUCAUCUAAUAAUCGUUCAUACCUGUUAAUUAUCAUUAUUCAACGAAUCAGAUUACUAAUUAUUUGGUAGAAAAUGUUAAUCCAAGUGAAAGAGUUUCAUGGUAGUGAGAAAGCUCUUCAGGUUCCUUCCGAUGCUACAGUGGUACGAUUAAAGGAGGAGAUAUCAAAGUCAUUCCAGUUACCUGUUCAUAAUCAGCGAUUAAUGUAUAAAGGGAAAACUUUGGCAAAUGACAAAACUCUAAUGGAUUACAAUUUUGAAGAAGGUUCCAAAGUUAAUCUAUUCAAGGUUUUCGAAGGAGCAUCUGAGAAUCAGCCCCCUGGAUUUUGGAAUGAUUUGAGUAAUUUUCUAAGAGGAUACUAUGAUGGAGAAGAUGUUAAUAAGAUAAUUGAUUACAUGAAGAAAGACAUAUCCGGUAAUGUAGACAAAUUAAGUUUGGAAGAUAUUGAAAGAUUAGCUUAUGAAAGGAUAAAUUUGGAUAAAAAUUAAUCGAAUCGCGUAAACAAAAAAACAAAAGACAAAAUCAAUCCUACGGAUCAUCAACACAAUUAUUGUUUUUACUGAUCAACUACAAUUACCAAGAUUAAACGAAAGUUGAAAUUUCUAACUUCA